UGGUGCAAUCGCCAGCGAACAAGACGAGAAUUGAGUUUUUACUCCAUUUAAAAUUAACCAUCGUUGCGACGUAUCGUCCAUACGUCUGCACGAUUGAGCUACGAGCUAAAACUGCCAAGUUGUACAUCGAUUGGCUGAAAUGUGCAUUGACAUAUCUAAGAAUCAUUGAUAUUGAUAUAUAUCUCUGCAUAGUUGCUCCAAGCUGAGAGCAAUUUUUUGACUACGGUGCCCAUCAACGAUCGUCCGAUUGUAUCGACGCGAACGCAUAGUGCGUAAAAGCUGAUCAGGCAAUCCUCUCACCCAACUGUCUUGAUCGGUCACGUGUUAUUUACGGUCUCCGUGAGUCCAAGUCGCUACUGUACACACAUGUUGAUGGCCAAAUAGUAAAUAUUUGGCUGGACAAUGUUUUGCCGAUGAGAAAAAAUCUACGCACACACGUACGCGACUAGGCUCGCUACGAUCGUCUAUCAGUCCUACCGUAUUAGUACAGCCGAGCGGUAACAUCAGUCUUAGUGUCCGUGAGUCGUAGAUGCCAACGACCCCGCGGCAGCUUUAAUUUCUCAGUUGCUACAACGAGAUACAUAAUAAUAAAAUACAUGUAACGUGCUGCGAGUGCCUGUGUCACUGUGCUGAGUGUGUAUACGUUUAUUUGUGCAUCCAUGUGGUACAUAAUUGACCUCGUCGUCGGGAUCAUCGUCGAUUCUUUGAGAAUUCCAAAUAGCCCUUCUUUCUGAAAGGAAGCAUUUCCGGGUGGAAAAAGAAGCAGCAAGAAAAAUUUGAGCCGAACUCUUUGUCAGGUUGAUCCAUUUCGUUAUCAACGAUCCCCACUGAACUCGAGUGUGUCGAGCGGCUCACGUCCUCGAUCAAAAACACAAUAGCACAAAGAUGUCGAUCGUCAUGCAGUACGUAGACCGGUUCCACGAGAUCCUAAAUACACAUGCAGACAAGCGAACAACGAAUUGGUUAUUAAUGAGCUCACCAUUUCCGACGCUUCUAAUUUGCUUGAGUUAUGUCUACCUCGUCAAAGUACUCGGGCCCAAGCUCAUGGAGAACCGAAAGCCUUUCCAGCUCAAGAACGUCCUCAUAGCUUAUAAUCUUUUUCAAGUUAUAUUUUCAGCAUGGUUAUUUUACGAGUGUCUCAUGGGAGGCUGGUGGAGAAAAUAUAGCUUCCGUUGUCAACCAGUGGAUUAUUCCGACAGUCCUUCAGCUAUAAGGAUAGGAAUGAGCGGAUGGCUGACGGGUGAUUAUUCAUUGAGAUGUCAGCCGGUUGACUACAGCGAUCGGCCCCAAGUAUUACGGAUGGUUCACGCUAGCUGGUGGUACUACUUCUCCAAAUUCACAGAAUUCAUGGACACGAUAUUCUUCGUACUCCGCAAGAAAAAUGAUCAUGUGUCCACCCUGCACGUCAUUCACCACGGAUGCAUGCCGAUGUCCGUCUGGUUCGGUGUCAAGUUCACACCAGGUGGCCACUCGACUUUCUUCGGUUUGCUCAACACCUUUGUGCAUAUCGUCAUGUACACGUACUACCUGCUUGCCGCCAUGGGACCGAGACUGCAGCCCUACCUCUGGUGGAAAAAGUACCUCACCGCCUUCCAAAUGCUCCAGUUUGUCGCCAUAAUGAUUCACGCCUUCCAAUUGCUCUUCAUCGAGUGCAACUAUCCCAAGGCCUUCGUCUGGUGGAUCGGCAUGCACGCCGUAAUGUUCUUCUUCCUCUUCCGUGACUUCUACAGGCAGAGCUACGCCUCGAAGAAACAGAGAAGCGCCGCCCUGGCUGCUGCCAAAGCAGCGGCUGCCACUGCUUCCAGCAACGGAGCAUCGAAUGGAAAAAUCAGCAACGGUAGCAGCAGCUACGCCAACGGCAACGGAGUUCGGAGACGCGACGCGGCCGAUUACUAUAUCAAGGGCGAGAGCAUUGCCUCGGCGGAGGGCCUGAAUCUGAGGAAACCCGCAUUCGCAGCUGCCGCUGUCGCGAGCGAUUAGCCUCCUCGCACGCCUCGUCGUGACAAUCUCAUUUUUCUCCACGAGGAUCAUAGCGAAAAAACUGGCCUAUUGUAAUUUAGGCAUUCACACACGCGCACACAGUGGCUGACGCAUUAUAUAUGUAAACGAUACAAAGAAAAAAGAAAAAUCUCAGUUGUACCAGUGCAAUACACGUAUAGUAAUUUUUCGUACGUACAUAAAGGCGUAUGUGUAUAAAACACAUAAUCCCAUACAGCAUGUAUUUAUAGUAUGUAUAAAUAGUCGAAGCUGCUGCAGUACUGCUGUCGUCGAUGUCGAUAUAUAAUUGCCUUAAAUCUUGUAUUUAUCUUUCCAAGCGCGGGUAUACGUAAACGUCGAUCUGUCUCUUGUUGAAGAUUUUUCGUGUUUCGUGCGUAAAUAGUUGAUAGUAAUUUUUGAUCAUGAAAGACGUCCUGACGGUUUUUCAUUUUCUUCCAAUUUUUUUUUCUAGUGAAAGAGGUCUUUAUUGUUGUUAUUGUUUGUUUGUUUUGUAUCGUGCGGUCGUGCCUAGGCGGCAUUAAAUGAAUCUUUUGGCUCGUUCGCGCUAGCGACGCGAACAGACGUUAAGGAUCGAGUAGAGUGCAAUGCAUUUGUAAAGUUAUAUAUCAAUUUACACAAUAAUAACAAGAACAAAUAAAAAUAAAGAAAAAUGGUUGUAAAUAUAUAUAUGACACGUUUGAUAUAUUAUACAUGUAAUUAUUUUAAAGUGAAGAAAUGUGCCAAUAUUCAAAAGAUCGUACAAGUGAGCAUAUAUUAUUAUUAUUGCGUUAUCAACGGAACAAAAUAUUGAAUUUCUUAAUAACUGUAGCAGUACCUUCUACUAUUAUAUUUUUUAAAUUAUAUUUUAGUAGUUAAAAAACAAUUAUGCAUAAAAUAUGAAUGUAAUGUAGUUUAGUGAAAAGUGGAUUAUAAGUAUGCGAUGUGAUACGAGAGUCAAGAAUUACUUUCUUAUUAUGUACCUCUUUUUUUAAUAUUCAUUUUACAUUGUGCGUCUUACAGAGAACGAUUUUAGCUCCGACAUCGAGUAGUUUGACACCAUGUACUCGGAUGUUUAUUUUGAUAAUUUUUUAUUCAUUUUUCACAAUUAUAUGUAAUUUUUCGCCCUCAAAUUAAGUUCACGCUACUCGUCGUUUUUUCACAAAUUGUAAAUAGAUUCGAAUUUGUUAAAUGGUUUAUUCUGUUAGAUCGUAUUAUUAUGAGAACCGCUUAUACUCUAUUUUUAGGAAUUGAAACUUUUUUAACGCAUACAAUUUUAAAAUGUUUUUAAAUUAUGUGUAUUUGAAAGUUUUUAUAAGCUGGCUACUUUAGCAUGAUAUUAAAUUGUUCGAACUGAUAUUAUGCUUGGUGCAAAAAAUAUUGUAUUCAAAAACUGCAUUAGUUAAUUUUUAGUACUUAAAAUAAAAAAAUUUUCCAAGUUUCAACUCAAGUUUUCUAGUUAUUAGCAACAAUAGCAAUAUAUGCAUUAUCAAAAGACUAUUGCAAGGCACUAAAAACCAACUGCAUUCAAUAAUUAUUGAACUCAAACUUCACUUAAACGCGGGGGUGAAUAAUAUAUUAGCGAGCUUUGCACUAUGAUUAAGCUCGUGCCUUGGAUUUUAAUCUUUUGUGCUUUCAAUACGUGUAUAAACCGGAUUUUUUGGCAUUUUUACUGUGAGAGAGUUUAUAUGCGAAUGUUUGUACUUUCUCGUCGUAAUCAUAUAGAUUCAGAAAAUAAUAAUGACGUGAUAUUCUCAAGUAAAAUUCGAAAGGAAUCUUCUUUUAUGUGCAAGAGUUGAAUAGUAAACUGUCGUUACUUUGAUUGAAUGACUAUGACCGAUUAUCAUUAUUCAGAUACAUUAUUAAAUUUCGACAUAUUUUCCACUUUUAUCAAAUGCACAUUAUCAAUUAAACACUCAAAGUGAGAUGGUGUAAAUUAGUGAAAUAUUAUUUGCUGCGUUUUAUUGCACAAAUUAGGCGGGAUUUUUAAGUAAUGACAGUGUCAUUUUUUAUCUUUUGUGAACGAGAGAGAACAGAAAAGCUUUAAAAACUUGAAUAAUAUAUAUUAUUAAAUGCACAAACAUUUUUGUGAUAUGAGCUAAAAGCGCACGGACAUUUAGAACGUACAUAAUAAAUUAUGCAGAGCAUAAAAGUUAUCGUUAGGUACAAAGACAAACUUCACCAAGAGCAGUGCAAAAUUCAUUUAAGGAAAGUGACAUGAGACAAAGAGAAAAAUCAGACAGCAUCGUUGGCUUAUCUUACGCGAAUGGAUUUGUACAUAAAAAAAUAAUAAUAAAAGCAAAAAAAAAUUAUAAAUUUUAUACAUAAAUCAAAACUAAGCGUGUGAUUGUGAGAUAUGCUUAUAAUAUAGUUGUGCAUAAUAUGAAUUGAAAAUACGAAAAAAGAUGCUUUCUUUGUGUUCCACAAUACAUGCAAAAACACCUUGCUCCGUUCAGCGAAAUUUUUUAUUAAUUGUAAAAUGUUCAAGGACAACACAGCGGAAAGUUAAAAUGGUUCGUGGUGCCUGAACCGAUUUAUAUUUAACCAAAAAAACAGAAUAUUUCACUCGUCUUCGUCUUAUUCUUAAAAGAUCUCUUACUUGCAUAUAAAACGUACUGAAAACUUUCCGUUAUCAUGCCCUUAGCCCUCGGGUUGGGAGAUUUUGUAUAUAGAUAGUUUUGUACUAUGGUAAUUACUUAUAUGAUUUUAUAAUUCACAUAAAUGCUGAUAGCUCUCGAAUCUGUGCCUAAAGCAACGAUGGUAUAUUAUAUAAAAACAGCGAUUAUACUAAUAAUACUUUGUUUUUUAAAUUCAUUAUGAAAUUGUAUUUUCUUCUCAACAUAAACUAUAUGUGUUUUUAGGAAACAGCUAUUCAACGAAUAAUAAGAGCAAUGACCAUAAGCCUACAGUUUUCUCGUUUUUUCACAUGAAAAAUCAUCAUAUGAAGUAUGAAUCUAUAUUUUAAAUUUAUUUACACAAGUAUUUAUAAUAAAGAAAAACCUUGAUUAUGAAUAUCAGUUUGUGUAUUUUUAGUUUUUUAAGGUCUCAAAGGCUUUCUUGGUGAUUCUCUAGAAGAGAUAAAUGUAUUGCUCGUCAAAAAUAUGUCAAAUUCUGACUAAGACAGAGUGCAUUCGUUUAUUAAAUAUCAAAUCGUUGGACUAAUUGAUGAUCAAUCAUUCAUUCAUUGAUUUGAAAUAAUCUUUAUGAUUCCUUAUUAUAAUUCAGGAUUUGAAACUAUCAUAUAUGUGUUCUUGAACUAUUUCAUUAUAAUAAUGUAAAAAACUACGCAAAAGUUCAUGAGUGACUCUAAGUUUCAACUACCUCAGGCUAUAUAGCCUUGACAAAGUAAAACAUCAAUAAUAAUCAAUAAAUGUAAAAAACACCUCCAAUUUUUUGAGAAUUUUCUUAUUGACCAUUUAUUCGAUUGUUUUAAGUACGCAAUCAUACAUUUUCCAGACGAGUAAUAUAUGUUUUGCUGUCAAAUCUACGACUAUUCGAUUUUUUCAACAAUGAUUUUUUGUAACUGUUAAAAAAAGUAAAAAUCUGAAAAGACGUAACAAUAAACAUUGGGGAAAAUUAGUUUUUAAUUGAGUUUCAUGAAUGUAUAUAAAAAAUAAUUUAUAUGACAGUAAUGUAAAUAAAUUAUAAAUAAUGUAUCUUCUAUGAAUAGAAAAAAUUUUUUCAAAUGACUAAACAAAGAAAGUGCAAUACCAUAAGAUUUUAAUGAAUGUAUCCUUAUAUUUGAUCUACAUUAAAUGAAACUUUUUGAGAAAUA